AGAGUAGAUACACCCUGGAGGGGGAGAGCAGCAGUGAGCAGCGGAAAGAGAGUAGAUACACCCUGGAGGGGGAGAGCCGGGCUGCCCUUUAGCCAGUCCCUACAGGCCCGCAAGUCCUCCACUCUAAUUCCUCCUGAAGACGGUGAAACACCAGAUCCCAGUUCCUGCCAGGCUUGCAGAUACAGCCACCCGCAGGAACCUGGUCACGGAGGGGCCUCCCCCUGCCCGUCACCUCCAACUUGACUAUCCAGGACUUUGUGUUUCCCAAUUCUGGUCAUUGCUGCACAAGGAACCCCCAAAUCGCAGCCUUCAGACGUUCCACAGGGACAAUGUGAACCUUACCGCCAGCCCCAUUGCGAAGUGGACCGUGGACUCUGUUUCCAGCGUCAGCACCAGGGUUCAUCCUCAACGGGAGCCUCACCUCCUCCCUGGACUGCGGUCCUGACGUCCACUCCAUCCGAGUCCACCCAGCCUCCCCUUUGGCCCCAGCUCCUGCCUCCCUGUCAGCACGGACGGCCCCCAGGUUGGUCCAACCAUGUCCAUGCAGUAUGAAAAGUUCCAGCACUUGGAGAGCGAGAAGCAAAGCCAGGGAUCAAGAGACGGGCUGCCGCCUCCGGUGCCCUUUCUGCACCAGCUCUGCUCAGGCCCCCGGCCUCUCCUGUUCUCCCUGGGCCUCAGCCUCCUCCUGCUGGUCGGCAUCUGUGUGAUCGGAUCCCAGAACUCCCAGUUCCAGAGGGACCUGGCGACCCUGAGAGCAACUUUCAGCAACCUCACUUCGAACACCGUAGCCGCUGUGGCUGAGGUGCAGGCACUGAAAGCACAAGGUGGCCAUUUGCAAGAAAUGGUAACAUCUCUGAAAUCCGAGGUAGAAAACCACAAACAGGACCUGCAAGCAGCCCGAAGUUUGAACGACAAAGUGUUUUUCCUGGAGAGCAAGCUGGAGAAAGAGCAGCAGGAGCUCCAAGCAGGUCAUUCCGACACCAUCCUUCGAGUCCAGCAGCUGACCAAAGACCUGAAGGCCCUGAGUUGCCAGAUGGCCGCUCUCCAGAACAACGGCUCCCGAAAUACUUGCUGUGCCCCCAACUGGCUGGAGUACGAGGGCAGCUGCUACUGGUUCUCCCGCUCCGGGAAGACCUGGCCUGAGGCCGACAAGUACUGCCAGCUGGAGAGCGCGCACCUGGUGGUCGUCAACUCCAGGGAGGAGCAGACUUUUGUGCAGGAACAUAUAGGCUCCUCCUACACCUGGAUGGGCCUCAGUGACCCUGAAGGAAUCUGGAAAUGGGUGGAUGGGACAGAUUACGAGACCAAUUUCAAGAACUGGAAACCAGGCCAGCCGGACGACUGGCAUGGACACGGGCUGGGUGGGGGCGAGGACUGUGCCCAUUUCCACCCCGACGGCAAGUGGAAUGACGAUGCCUGCCAGAGGUCCUACCGCUGGGUGUGCGAGGCCGGCCUGGGCUCGGGCAGCUAGCACAGUCACGGGGUGCCUCAGGCCGACAGGGGGCAGCAGGAGGGGGCCUUCUCCUGAGACCCCAUGUGAGACCGCCUGGGAGAGGGAAGAGCCCAGGGAGGUUGGGGCGUUGCCACCAUUGUGAAUGUUUUUCUCCUUGGUGUUCAGAAGACUGUCUCUAGAGUCCCCACAGUGUUUGGUUUUUGUUAACUUUAGCUGCGCUGAGGUCUAAUUGACAUACAAAAUUGUGAGAUACGUGAAGUGUACGUCAUUGCAAUUUGAUGUACGUAUAUACUGUGAAGAGGUGCUCCAUCCCAUUAAUAACCUCACAUAUUUAUCCCAUGCAUGUGAGAGAGAGAGGGAGAGAGAGAACAUGUAAGUUAAGCUCUCUUGGUAAAUUCCAAUUUAUACAAUAGUGUUAAUGACUGUCGUCACCAUGAGAUCCUCAGACCUUAGGCAGCUGAGAGAUUUACCAACCGCCUUCUGAUUUCCCCACUCCCCAGCCCCACCACUCUACUCUCUGUUUCUACGAAUUUAAUUCCCCCCCAAUUCCAAAUAUAUAAAUGGUACCAUGUAGUAUUUGUCUUUCUCUGGCUUGUUCAUUUGGCAUAAAGCCCUCAAGAUCAAUCCCUAUUGUUGCAAAUGGUAGCAUUUCCUUCACCAUGUCUUUAUCCAUGCAUCUGUCGGGGGACAUUUUGGUUGUUUCCAAAUCUUGGUUGUCGUUAAAUAAAUGCUACAACGAAUAUGGAAGGGCAGAUACCUCUUUGAGUCUC